AUGGGCGUUAAUGGUUUAUUACCAUUAUUAAAAGAAAUACAAGAUCCAAGUUCAUUAGAAAGAUAUAGAAAUAAAACUUUGGCAAUAGAUGCGUUUGGUUGGCUACAUAGAGGUAUUGUCUCAUGUGCAGAAGAUUUAUGUUUAAAUAAACCAACAAGAUCGUAUAUAACGUCAAUACUAAAAAAGGUUCAAAUGUUGAAACAUUUUAAUAUUACUCCAUAUUUUGUGUUUGAUGGUCAAUCAUUACCUAUGAAACAAGAAACAAAUAAUGAAAGACUUGAAAGAAGAGAAGAAGCGAGAAAAUUGGCUGAAAAAUUGUAUAAUGAUAAUAAAAAACCAUUAGCUUAUAAACAAUUUAUGAAAGCUGCUUAUGUUAAUAGUAAAAUGGUUAAAUCUGUAAUGUGUGAAUUAGAUUUAUUAGGUAUAAAAUAUGUUGUUGCUCCAUAUGAAGCUGAUCCUCAAAUGGUUUAUCUUGAAAAAAUUGGUUUAGUUGAUGGGAUAUUGUCGGAGGAUUCAGAUUUGUUAAUAUUUGGAUGUAAAAAGUUGAUAACUAAAUUAAAGGAUAAUGGUACAUGUGUUGAAAUAGAUAGUGAGAAUUUUGAUAAAGUUAGGCAAAUUCCGUACCUAGGCCAAUACAGUCGUGAGCAAAUGAGACUAGUUGCAAUGAUAUCAGGUUGUGAUUAUACAAAAGGUAUACCUGGAAUAGGUUUAAAAACUGCAUUUCAAUUAGUAAGAAAGUAUAAUAAUUUGGAAAAGAUUUUAAUUGCAUUAAGGGCAACAGGUAAAUUUAGUGGUUCUCCAGAUGAUCUAAAGAUCGAAAUUGCUCAUGCUAAUUUAGCAUUCCAAUACCAAAAAGUAUUUAAUCCAAAAGAUCAACAAUUGACAAGUUUAAAUGAGGUAAAUGAUGAAGUAAAUGAAGAGUUACUCGAAUUAUGUUGUGGUAAGAAAUUAACAAAUGAUUUAUAUGUACAAAUUUGUAAUGGUAAAAUACACCCACAUACUCAUGACAUACUAAUAAGUAGAGAGCAAAAUUUGAGUCUACUAAAAUCAAAUUCGGUUAAAUAUGAAUCAAAGAAAGGUCAAAGUGCAAUUAGAUCUCAAUCAGAAUUAAGUGUAAAGACAAGAUCUAUUGUAGAUUUAUUGAAAUCGACUAAAAGAGUUCAAAUUGAAUCAUCACAAUCUAUAAAAAGACAAAAGAGUGAAGUUGAAUCCAUACGGAAGACAAAUAUUGAUAAAAGAAUAGACAAAUUAACACAGAGUAAGAAUGGUACUGCCAGUAAAUUUUUUAAACCUCAAUCUGAAGAGAAUCCAACAGAUGAUGAUGAAAACAUACAGGAAGAUGAGGAUCAAGAAUAUGCUAUACAAGAAAAUGAAGUAUAUACAGAUAAUAUACCUGAUGAAAUAGAUGAUUCAAUGUUACCAACAGAAGAAGAAAUAGAUAAAAUGGUUCAACAUGAAGAGAAUUUUAAUUUAAAUUCACAAGAUGAUGAAAUUGACGAAUCACCAAUUAAAAAAGAUCAUUUACAAAAAUGUAUGAUAUCAUUAAGAGACACAUUUUCAUAUAGUUUGAAACCAUUACAAGAAAAGAAUAUGAAUACACCACAAAGAAAAGAAAAAUUUAGUCAAGAUGAUGAUGAUGUAAGUGAAGAAGAUGUAAUAAAUCUGCCAAUUAAAAAACCUAUAAAGAAAUUUUCUAGAGUAGAUAUUAAACAAUUUGCAUAUAAAAAGUAA